GGCGAUGGUGGCGAGGAAGCCGUAGAUGUUGGAGGUGCCGAGGGAGACGGCGCGGCCGCCGUUGAGGUCAAUGGUGUCGAGGAAGCCGAGGGAGAGGGAUGAAGGGAGGAGUGAGGCUGACAUGUGGGGCCCGCGUGGGCCCUACCAUUUUUAAAUUAUUUUCUGUGUGAACUGACUUGUGGGCCCCACGGGUUUUAUUAUUUUUUCGAAUCGAAUUGCCACAUCAGCGCCACGUGAGUGCCAUGUCAGUUGAAGACGAGUCAAAUUAGCCAUAUAAGUGCCACAUCAGCCAAAACCGCCGAGGGAUCUAAUUUGUACCGGUUUUGAUAGUUGAGGGACGAAAAUCGGAUUCGUUGACAAGUUAAGGGACCUCAGAUGUACUUAUUCCUUUUUUUUUCCCAUCAGAGCUAUUAGUCGCCCCGCGGCCCAUCCCAGCCCAUUACACCCCAAACCACACCCCUCCUCCCUUCGCCCUCGCCUCUCAAACCUCGCCGCGACGCCGCCGCCCCCACCCCCGUCGGCUCGGCCUCGCCGCCGGUGGGGCUGUGCGCUCCUCUGCUCCGGCGGCGCAGCAGGGGCGGUGCAGGCGCGCGGCGGCACGGCCGCACGGCAGCGGUAGUCCUGCUCUUGGCUUCCCGCUUUCGGCGCAUUCGCUUGUGCGCAGAGAUGUUCGUGCUCAGCCAGAUCGAACACAACCUGCCGAUGCCGCCGCACCUGCUGAGCCGGCCACUCGUCGACGCCAUCAAGGCUGAGCUUGAGAGGCUCUUCCUCGACAAGGUCGUCGCGAACCUCGGGCUCUGCGUCUCCGUCUACGACAUCCGCUCCGUCGAAGGAGGCUUCAUCUUUCCAGGAGAGGGCUGCUCCACUUACAAAGUUUCCUUUAGGUUGCUGAUGUUCAGGCCCUUCGUUGGGGAGGUUCUUGUCGGGAAGAUCAGUGGAUAUGAUGAAAAGGGUCUGCAUGUUUCACUUGAUUUCUUCAGUGAUAUAAGCAUUCCCGGGCACUUGAUGCAGUAUGGCACGGCUAGGGCGCUAGAUGGUAGGUGGAUGCUGAAGACUGAAGAUGGUGAUGAGCUCUAUCUUGAUUUAGAUGAUGAGAUACGAUUCUUGGUAUCUAGCAUAAAAUACCCGCCUAUCCCAGUCGAGCAAAAGGAGACUGACAGGGCAUUUGCUCCAAUGCAAAUUAUUGGAAGCAUUAAAGGAGACGGUCUUGGUCUUCUUGCUUGGUGGGCUGCAGAUGAAGAGGAAGGAGAGGCCGAGGCCGAGGCAGAGGAAUAGUCCCAAGCUACUCCUUUCUCUAGUUUGCUGUUUUUGUGCAGUAAGAGAUUUAUAGGAUUUUUUAGCUAGAAUGUCAGUAAUUUAUAUUCUGUGGUAUCUGCAACUUGGUCAUCUUCUGUUAGGAGCCUGUUCCGUUGCUGUGACAUAACUGAUGCUGACAGCCGCUAAUUUAUAACAGUACCAAUGAACAGAAGAUCAUUUUUUUUACGUUAGGGCAUGCACUAAUUGAGCAGUUUCUGAACUGAACCCUUUUGUGUCAA